AUGACUACGGCUUUUCCAUACAACCAGCCUAUGGAGGUUGUCCACAAUGCAUACACAGCUCAGCAGACCACUGAGAUAGCCUCACGUAUGGGAGCCGUAAAAGCUCGCAUGCGUAUCGACAAGAUCUUUUUCAGCGGUUUCAUGGCUGGAUGUAUCCUUGCAUUCGCUUGUGCUGCAGUCUCUGUCGUCAACGUGGCUCCCUGGUAUCAAGAAAACGCGCCCGGCGUGAUUAAGCUCAUGGCUGCUAUCAUCUUCCCUUUCGGUCUCGUUGCCAUCAUCCUCACCGGAGCAGAUCUGUGCACAGGCAGUUUCAUGUUUACGACGAUGUCGACUCUGCACCGUCGCACCAGCAUCCUCCAGAUGCUUCAACACUGGGUUCUCACAUUCUUCGGUAACCUCGCUGGCUCUCUCUUCGUCAUGGCAAUCCUUAUCGGAUAUGGAGGGAUACUCUCUGAUGCAGCCUACGCAUCCCAGACCAUCAAAUUCGCCACAAAGAAAGUCGUCGCGCCUGAAUGGCACCAAAUCUUCCUCCGCGGUAUCGGCGCCAACUGGUUGGUAUGCCUAGCAUGCUUCCUCGCCUGCGGUGCCCGCGAAAUGGUUUCGAAAAUCAUGGCAAUCUGGUGGCCGACGUUUGCGUUCGUCAUCUUGGCCUUUGACCACGUUGUUGCGAAUAUGUUUUAUAUCCCUAUCGCCAUCUUCUUGGGAGCGCCACAGAUUAGUGUUGGCCUGUAUAUUUGGAAGAGUAUGAUUCCUGCUUUGCUUGGCAAUAUUGUUGGUGGAGGAUUGUUUGUGGGUGUGAUUUAUUGGUACAUGUAUCUGGCUGGAAACCCAGAGCCUGUCUUGAUUGAUGGAGCCAGCUACGGAGGUCGUGCGAUGUCGUUGUUUGGAGUCAAUGCUGAUGUUGAGGAGUCUCCCACCCGGGUUAGACGCGAGUCUGACAAGACAAGCAUGGUUUGA